UCCAUUGAACUGGCGAAAUAUGUAAAUUUAGCGCGUAAUUUUUGGUCAGUGAAACAAAUAAAGAAACUUUUUGACAGAACCUUUCCUGCGGGGAGUCUGUAUGUUAUUUUUUUAUACGUUUAUUUUAUGGUCCCACCGUACUAUUUAAUAAAAUAAACAUCAGUUCAUUGGCUAGAAAGGGUAUCGUGUUCGUAUAAAUAUGGGUAAAAAAGGCGCAUCAGCGCCUUUCGAAAAAUGCAAAGUCCACAGGCGGGACUUAAGAAAAUAAAGUAGGUGGUGUCAAAAGAGCAAGAAAACUAUUCAAAAGAAAACCGUGAGUGCCAGGGUGACCAAACCCCAGUACUUGAGGACAGAUUGUCAGUUCCCUGGAUAUCAAAAAUGCUAAAGAAGAAAAAAAUGGUGUGCAGCACACCAGCUGUGAAAGAUAAAAAAGAGUGUGUGAAAUAUCUGAUGUGUUCGAACAAACCCUUGAGUGAAGACUUGGAAGAUUUUAAUUCAACUACAUCACUAUUUGGCACUUUAGAUGAGAUUAAGAAAAGCAAAAAGUCUAAGAAAUCAAAGAAAUCCAAAAGCCGUAGAAAAGAGAAGAAACACCAAACAGAGCUUAGAGAUGACUUUUGUCCUGUAGCACAUCCCAUCGGUGAAGCGAGAAAAAUCAGCUCGCUAAAAAUUAAGAAAAAGAAGUCCAAAAGAAGUAACCUUGACAGAGGCAUUGAGAUGCAGACAGAAACCAAGAAAGUCAAGCUAACUAAAAAUCAAGACUCCUCUCUGUUGCUUCCUGUGAAUAGUUAUUUUAAGAAACCAAAGAAGAAAAAGUACAAUUCAGAUAGUUCCAACCAGGACAGUAGUAAAGAAAACCUUACACUUAGGAGGAGCAGUGUGGCCUGUGACAAUACCAGAAUCACUCAGUCUGAGCAAGAAUGGGGGUAUAGCAUCGUAAGUUAUCCGACAUAUGAAAAGACUCACUCCAGUGGACAAGAGAAUGACAGAGCUGUAAAGUUUCCUAAGAAUGUAUCACUGGAUACUGGAACAUUUCCCAGUAAAAACGUUGGUGUGGAGUCCUCAGCAUUUGAAGGUGCAUCUGCACAAAAGAAAAACGCAGAAGGGCAAGUAGGAGAAAUGCAAGGGGAAUCCUCAGACAACUGGAGCAGCACAGAACCAUUACCGUCUUUAAAGCUUGCUAUUGAUAAAGACUCUUUAAAUUCUAAACACAAAGUGAAUGUGCUAGGCCCAAGGAGAAAAAAUAAACAUCGACCUGACUCCGCACAAGAAACAGCAGAAACUUUCAACAGCCAGGAACUUUUCCUAACUCAGAGGACUUUCCUGACAGUGGAAACCUCAAGUGAAGACAGUGCCUGUGCAGCUACAAACCCAGGAGAUGCCAAGAAUGGUCAGCACACCGAAGUAGAGUUGUCAUCUUUCCUGCCAUCUGGAAUACCUGUGAAGCCAACAGCUGAGAAAGCCACACAGACCCAUGAUUUCUUCAGCUCUAGCGAGUUUACUGCUUCUUUUAAGUUUUACAACCUAUGCAGAGAGAUGAAGUGUUCAGACCAAGUAGUUGAUUUGAGUCUGCCCAACAGAGCCAGGGCAACACUGACCCCAGUCAGUAUGCCGGGCCACAUUAUAGAAAGAAACAAUGAGGUGAGCAUGUCUUCGAAAAAUGACUCCUCUCUUCCAAAAGAUUGCUCUUUGGCUCACAGGGUAACAUGCAACAUUUCAAAAGAAAAUCAGAUUAGCAUUCGAAAUAAAUUUGGUAUCUCUCAGUUUCGCAGAUGCGAGGACGGAAAAUAUAUUCAAACGCAGCUCAAUGAGUCUUUUUUCUUCAGGCUUAAAGGAGAGGGGGACUCCCCCAAGCCACUCUCUCCCCUAAUGAAAUUGGAUAUGGCAAAUCAGAAAAAAUGUAAAUGAUACAAAGACCAAUAUGAAAUUAAAAGUCAGUUCAGAAUGCUUUUGAAGUUGUUUUGCUUAGAAAGUGGAAAAGAUGUUCCUACUGUGUUAAGGUACAGCAUUUUUAAGAGUUAAGAUACAAGCAUGGUUAAAUAAAAAAGUAUUCUAGUAACAAAUGUAUUUUAGCUCAACUCAUACCCUACUACAGUUGAUUGUUGCGUUUAAACUUUAGAUUUCAAUAUGUAACACUUUCAUUAAUAUUCACUAAAUAAUUUGUAUUAUUUUUUUAUAUUAAUGUUCUCAAUUUCUCUGCAUUGACAUGGAAUGUUAAUAUAAAUUCCAGUUGAUACUUAUUCCAUAUGCUCAAAAUAGUAAAUAUCUGUAAUAAGCUUUUUAUAAAUAGACUUGUAAACACUUGCAGUUUUCACGUUUAUCUAUGUGUUGAUCUGUUAAACUUUAUGAUCUCUUACACAAU